AUGUCAGACUUCGACUCUACAGAUGACGUGCCUGCCGCGAAAGGACACCGGCCACAAAAACGACGAAGAGUCUACGACGACAGCGACGCAUCAACACCGCGAUACAGCUCUCCAGACGAGCUGGCAGAAGACCGCCCUUACCGUUCUUCCAAGACUACCCGUCAAGAUUCUGGCGCACGACGGAGAUCGCAUACCUCAGAUGUUAGUGCCGAUGAAUUAGAUCACACCUAUAAUCGUAGCAGAAGUAGAACGCGUUCUACCAGUCCAGAGUCACCAGCUUUGCGCCCACAUUCCCCAACCGAUGCGCCCUCUCCACCAACACGCAAACCCUUACGACUAAAUUAUAAACAGAAAUUCAUACUCAGAGGGCACCGCAAAGGCGUGGCUCAAGUACGUUUCUCACCAGAUGGUCGUUGGCUUGCAAGCUGCUCUGCAGAUGGAACUAUCAAGAUAUGGGAUGCUUCAAAUGGAAAACAUAUGCGGACCCUGGAGGGACAUUUGGCCGGUGUAUCGACAAUAGCAUGGAGCCCCGACUCGAAUACUAUUGCUUCCGGAUCGGAUGACAAGGCGAUCAGGUUAUGGCAUAGGGCAACUGGAAAACCAUACCCCGCACCUUUACUAGGUCACCACAACUACGUCUACUCACUAGGAUUUUCUCCGAAGGGAAACAUGCUAGUCAGCGGAAGUUAUGAUGAGGCUGUGUUUCUCUGGGAUUUACGAGCGAGAAGGCAGAUGAGGAGUUUACCUGCGCAUUCGGAUCCAGUGGGCGGCGUGGACUUCAUCCGAGAUGGCACGCUGGUGUGCAGUUGCUCUACGGAUGGACUAAUUCGAGUCUGGGACACAGCAACAGGACAAUGCCUCCGAACUCUCGUUCAUGAAGAUAUGCCACCUGUGACAACAGUUCGAUUCUCUCCCAAUGGUCUCUACAUUUUAGCUUUCACACUUGAUUCAUGCAUACGACUUUGGGACUAUGUUUCCGGCCACUGCAAAAAGACCUAUCAGGGACACGUUAAUACGAAAUACUCCCUGGGUGGCGCUUUUGGCGUUGGAGGAACCGAUGGUUUUAUAGUGUCGGGCAGUGAGGAUGGAGACAUAGUCUUCUGGGACGUACAGGACAAGAAUGUGGUACAAAGAGUCAGCGGACACGAAGGAGUGGUGUGUUGGGUUGAUACGUGUCCCGGGCGUGGUGGGAAGAUAGCCAGUGGUGGUCUUGAUGGCACAGUGAGAAUCUGGGUCGAUGCUGAUAACGAUCUCGGAGUCGAUGGUCUUAACCUAGAUGAUGAAGGAGGAGAGAAUGGGAAUGGGUUUGCACGCAGGGACAGCGUUGGCGUUAAGAUUGAGGGCGAAGAUGGUUACAAUGAUACCCCGAUGGAUGAUAUGAGUCUAAAUGGUGGGCAACUCCUGGAACCAAGCGUUGAGGCACCACCUCCAGAUGAGAUGGAAGAGGAUUGA